AUGUUUGCUAGGAUGAAUAAAGAGAUUAAUACUGGCUCGGUGGCUGCUGUCUCAAACACAUGUUCCAACAGUACGUCCAAUACUACAAAUAACAACAACAUGAGAGCCAAAAUUAAUCAAACUUCAUCCAUUUUGCCGAAUAAUUUAAAAUUAAAUGGUACAACACCAAGUGGAAAACCGAGAUUGUUUGUUUGUUCCGUUUGCUCAAAGGCUUUUGCUAGACAGGAACAUCUAAGUAGACAUGAAAGAUGCCAUACCAAAGAAAAACCCUAUAUUUGCGGAUUAUGCAAUAAAUGUUUUACUAGAAGGGAUUUAUUAGUUAGACAUGCGCAUAAAUUACAUGCUGGUGAUAUUGGUGAUGCCGUAUUUUUAACUGCUGAAAAUAAAAGAAUAAAAUUGAGAAAGGGCAAGGCCUCCAUGGGCAUUGAUAACACCACUGUUACUACCAAAAAAUAUAAGAGGAGAGCUUCUUUUUCUGCCCAAACUGCCGAUAAUUAUACUGGAAGGAAAAGAAAAUUACAGCAAUUUCAAACGGCUAUUCCAGAGAAUCAAGAUUCGGGUGAUACUUGGAAUUCUACUUUUACCACAAAUAAUACCACCAAAAGGGAAAAUAGUAAUAGUAAUAGUACAAGUGACAUAAUAAGUACGGUAAAAUUUAGUACACCACAAUUAUUACCGAUAGAUUUGGUUACUGCUGAUAAUACACUGAAUAUGUUUUUAAGUUUGGAAAAUUUAGCGGAUAUUGGGCCCUAUGAUAAUGCCAACAAUUCUGGAAGCACUGCUGCCGUUUCUAUUCCCACGCAUGGCAUAAAUAAUACUAAAAAGAUGGGAACUAUUAAUUUGAAUAAAAAAUAUGACACAGGUUUAGAAUUUUUCGGAUUCUCUGAAAAAAAGAAUUGGUUUGUUGAAGUUAAUAACAACAAAUUAAGUAGUAGAGAUGCUAAUAAUAUUGCUUCUGGCAGUGGUGAUAGUGGUACUAUCGAUACCAAUUAUAAUACUAACACCAACAAUAAAACAUGGAAUAUAGAUCCUUUAACCAAUAAAUUGGAGGUUAAAAGUUUAUUUGGUAAUAACAAUAAUGAUAUUAAUAAUAAAACUGAAGAUGAUAAUAAUAAUAAUAAUAAUAAUAAUAAUAAUGUUGAUAGCAGGAUUUGCACUAAGGAUAUUGGGAACAAAAUAAACAGAAAAAAUAAAAGGAAUAAUAAUAAUAAUAAUGAUAAUAAGCCCGAUUUGGGUUCCAUGAAUCUUAUUAAGGAAAACUUAUAUUCUGCAGCAGAAUUAAACACAAGAAAUACUAAUCAUAUUUUUAUUCCUCCAAGUGACAUCAGCAGCAGUGAUAGUAGUAACAAUUUACAAUCAACGUCCACCACAGUUGCUGCAAAUAAUGCUAUCAGCAGUGUUCCAUUGUUGACAUCCCCUUCUCUUAGUGACGAAUUGAUAUUCGGAAAUUUUAUUUUACCAAGUACUAUUUCAAGUGAAAUAAAUAAUAGCACUAGCAAUGAAAGCAUAUUGGAUCAUAAAAAUAACAAUGACGAAAAGAGGAAUAAAAACGACCAAUUUACCUCUUCAACCUCAUCCUUUGACUCGAUAGGAUACAAUUUUUAUGAUUUAGGGGAAAAUUUCAAUAAAAUAAAUGCCAUAAACACGCUUACAAAUCCAAACUUGUGUGGAAUAGACGAUAGCAAUACUAAUACUAACGUUCAGGUGCCAAUUAUGAUCCAAUUUUUUAACGAAAGAUUUAGAGAUAUGGUUAAUCAAGCUCUAAAUUACUAUGCCAAUUUAACCAAAAACAAUCAUAAUAAAGAAAUUAAUCAGCAUGGCGAAUAUCGUUAUGAUUUGGAAAUACCUUCAAGCUAUGACUUAAACUUGCAUUUGUCCUACUUUAUAAAACAUUUUAUUCCCCAUUAUCCGUUUAUUCACCAAAGUAUUUUUCACAGUACUUUGGAUCAGUUUAUUGAAUAUUGUCACGAUUAUGAAGAAGGAGAGCACAAUUAUUAUGAGGAUGAUAUAGAUUUGGCGUUUUCCAACAUAACAUGUUUGCCAUUAUUUGCAGCUACAUUUGGCUCCUUUUACAAUAAAAAGUCAUCUGGAAACACUACAAAAAACUUAUACGAAAUUUCCAGGAGGGUGUUACAUGUUUAUUUGGAGACUAAAAAAAGGGUUAAAGUUAAUAACUCUAAUCGUAAUAGUGGCAAACUUAAGCGGAAGAAUCUAUGGUUAGUGCAGGCUUUAUCUUUGAAUAUAUUGCUUGGCUUAUUCAAUACUAGUUUAACCUCAAAAAGUCCUAAAGGUACUGCUAAUAACAACAUUGUACUCAAGCAAACUGCUGCAGUAUGUUCUAUACUUAGGUCUAACUGGAGAUUAAAACACAAUAGUACAAAAAAUUCUGCUAAUUACAUUUUAAUGGAAUCUGCAAUUAGAAACACAUUUUUCCUAUUUGAAAUAUGUUCCUUUUUAAAAGUUUUUUACAAUUUCGAUGUGCCAACCACUUUCUUAACCAUUGCUGAUAUAAAUAAUGUUCCUAUCCCAGAUCCCGAAAUUUGUUGGAAUUCAGCUAAUAUCAAUUCAAAUAUUAAGCAUUUGGCUCAAUUUACCAAUGAAAAACCAAUUUUCAACACCUUCUAUCAGGAUUUAGUGGUGGGAAAAUCAAGCCCAAUACCGGAAAGUCUAAUUCCUACGUUACUAUUAUGUGAUUUUCUCAAUGAUAAAUUACAUCCAACCUAUACUCCAUUUUUUUUAACCAAGCUUGAUAUUAAAACUUUACAAUUAAACUUAUCCAGCGAUGCCAAUCCAAUUUUAUUUAACGACGGUCUAAAAUGGAGAAACUCGUUUAUGUCGGUGAAAUUCUACAAUACCAUAGAGCCUGGAUUUGGCAAGUAUAUUUGGAAAAACGAUGAGAUAGGCAACCUUUUCCAGGACUUUUAUUUGAAUUAUAAUGUGUUGUUGGAUCACGGUGACGUUAUUUCGGAUUUUCUUAGUGCUUUAAACUUUUCCAUCAAGAAUAUCAAUCAAGUUUUCUGUCCAUCAUUCGAUGACUACCCGGAUUCAAUGCUAGUCUCAUCAUCAUCGAAUUCCUCGCCCCAUUUAUCUCCAUUAGAUAGAAGGAAUUUUUCAUUGUUCAACUUACAAGGUUAUUUCUAUGAUUUCUUAACAAUUAUACAAUUUUUAAUGAACUUUGAGGAAACCCCAAAUUUUAAAUUGGUUUGUAUCUUUAAGGAUUUAAGUGUGUUGUGUGAGAAGGCUUUAAUUCCAAUUUUGAGCCGUUAUUAUCCCGCUCAGUUUCAAGAAUUCAUAGGACGCCCUACUAAGAUUAAUUUGGGGGCGGAGGAGCAACAAAACAUAGAGUUGACGGAAGUUGCGCCCAUAAAAGUUAAUGUUUUGGAAAAAAAUAUUAAUAAUAUUCUAGUUUAUUCGUUUAAUGACAGUCAUUUUUUGGAAUUAUCGAAUUUUUCUCAGCCUAAUGUCUUUAAUUUUAAUAAAAAUAAUGAAGCCUCUGCUUCUAACGAGGCCCCCUCCAUGCUUACCGGUGAUAACAGAGGAGCUGAAUUGCAAGGAUUCCGUAGUAGAUACCACUUAUCUGAAAAAUAUAUUAGAGUGGCUAGAUUGUUUUUUCAGUAUUGUCUUGAUAAUCAUUCUAAUUGUUAUUUAAUUCAUACCUUUUGUGAAGAUUUUGAAAUUUUAGAAAACUCUCAAAAAUUAAGAAAUUGA